UGCAAAGUGGACUUGAAAAUAACCUCGCCGCGGGAAGACUCCCGCUCUAUUAAUAGUUUACCGACGUGAGUAUCUUUGUCGCGGGUUCGGCAGCGCAUCUACGCGCGGUUCGCUCGCAAAAUCCGCCGAUACAGUUCGGCUGCGUGCACGUGUGCGUUCAUUGCCCCAAGGCGUCGACGCGAUCCGCACCUGACGCCUUCGUCGUCGGCACUCUGCUGAAGACGCCGCUGCGGCAGAGUCCGGGAACGCUGACGAAUUCGAGACAUCCAGCCGAGCAGACGAGAACGAAGAAGAUCAACCCAAAGAGGGAAACGAAGAAGAGGAGGAGGAGGAGGAGGAGGAGGAGGAGGGAGGUCGUCGUCGAGACGGGAGGUGACCGAUCGUGCCAAAGAAGUUCGCCCGGCGGAUACGACGGUCGUCACGACACUCGGCGAGAGUUCGACGAUUUUUCGCGUUUUCGUGCGGCCGAGCUGGAGGGAACUUUAAAGCGCGUUUCGACUGAAGCUAAAUAAAGAACUAUGCAGCGCGCCGGUGCAUGAGGCGGGGCGCGGUGCCUCGCCUCGCCGAGCGGAAUAUGUGAGAGUGAGUAAGAAUGGUACAGCGAGCCGCAUGCAGCAGCGAAACGAGCGCAUCCCUCAAUGGCGUACCGAGCGGCGAGCGCGAAGGAAGAACACCCGGCGCCGUGACGGUUGCGACGGACGCGGUGGUAGCGGCAGGUGCCGUCGACGGUGAGGCGACUACUUCCCUGACGCGCGGCGGCAGGUUCUCGUUGUUCCGCUGGUUCAGGCGUAGCCGCGACUCUACCGUGGAGAAACGACGGAGGACGGUCGCGCGGCCGGACGAUGGCAUCGUCCGACGACGCAGCGUCUACUCCAGCGUGGAGAGCGUAGACACCUUCUACAGCACCACGACGGUGCGCAGCUUCGCCUUCCACACGGGAACUCUGGGCCGUUGCGACGCGCUGUCCCUGGAUAUCCUCAAGCAGACCGCUGAGGUCGGCCCGUUCGCCGCUGGUGCCUCCAAGGUGUCCAACAAAGAGAACAGCGGCUCAACGAUCGCUUGCACGCUACCGGCGAACGCCCACUCCAAGAGACGCGACAUCACCACCCGGUACUCGCUGCACCCGUCGACGACCUUCGGCUCCUGCGGCAACUUCCCGUCGCCUGAGAAGGUCCUGUCGAGUUCGCCCAGGAGACCCGACGAGCACGCGAGGGCCAGUCUCGAUGAGUCGGUGCGGCGGAGGGUUCACGUGAAGGGGAAACGGAGAGCCCCCAAUCCUCCUGGCACGGUGAUCAAGGUCGUGGAGGUCAAUGUACGCGAGACGCCGAGGAACGGCAGCAGGCGAAAGCGACGAGCACCGCGACCGCCGGAGAAAGCCGCGGGGAAUUGUUACGUCGACGAGCAGACGAGGAUCACCAAUGGGGGAGGCAUGGAUGUAGGACGAAAAGGGAACGUCGGCGAGGAACAUCAGUCCAUCAGUAACGACACAUUGGUACUUCAGGGCGGUAUGUUGCUGUCGAAGAAAGAAGUGUGUGGGACUUCGAGCAUCGCGAAGGACGUCGGCGCUCCUGAUGUCGGCGCUUCCAACGUGACGGUGCUUCAGGAAAGAGCGCAGAGUCCUGUCUCUACCCUGGCCAUGCCACGACCUUGGUACAAGCGCAGCGCCUUCGAGCACUCCCGCGAGCACUCCGGCUCGUCCAAGAGAGGCGUCGUUCUUCGCAACCCUGUGACGUCGGUAGCGAUGAGGGAGGAAUGCGUAGGAACGAAUCUGACUUCCUCCGCGAGUUAUUCCGUCGACGCCUCCUUGUCGAGGCUGAACUUCUUUCAUCGAGGUGAGCGGCAGGGCGACGACAGAAUGCGGGAGGCCAAGAGGAAGUCCGGCCUGUCGAUCUUGACGAACAUCAGCGAGCUGGACAAGGAAGCGGCGGCGAUCGUCCAGGAGGAGCAGGCGCGAGCUCGGGCGUCAAUGUUGCUGAAGACUUCGACACUCGCUGACGCCUUCGAGAAGAGGAGCGAUAUCAACGAGGAGAUCGUACAGGACAUGGUCACUUCGGCGAUAGAGAGCUCAUCGCCCCGACGAGGCACCCGCGCGCUGAUCUCCAAGUUCAACGCCAUCAGCAACAUCACCAAGGUCACGGUCAAUACCAACUUCUUCGCCAGGAGAGAUCAAGCAGCUUUCAAGUUUGAAGAUCGAGACGCAGCGAGAAGCAGCAGAUUCGAGCAUAUGGCGGACUGGAGAGACCAUAGACUCCCGGCACAACAAGAUCUCCGGCAAAGUGUCCGUGUCGACAAAGAUAUAUCCAGGUACUUCUUGCCGCAGCAGCGAACAUCCAGGCACAACGUCGAAUCGUCUCGCGCGAACGUGAGAACGGUCAGCAGCAAGGCCAGCUCGAGCAGAGAGCAGAAUGACCAACUGAUGAAGGACACGUCCAGUAGAAUAUCGUUUCUACAGAGCCAGCUUGCGUCGAAUCGUAUGAGCGAACCGCUAAAUAUCCAGAAGAACGCGGCGUUCCCGAUAAUGGAAGAGCAGUCGAGAUCGCGACAGGAAAUCGCCGAAGAGAGGAAGAACAGAGGAAGAGAGAAAGACUCGCCGAGGCUGAACGACGAGGCCGGCAGAAGAUCUCUGUUUCUUCGCGGCAGUAACACAGCUGACAUCGCGGAAAACGCGCUGAACCCGUUAAGAGUGAAAGCAGAAGAGAAGAGGGCUGGAGAGGUGGGAGAGGUGCAGGAAGAAUUCUCGAACAUCUUCGACGAGAUCGACCGACAACUGCGUUCGAGGGAGUUCAAACUCAUCGAGCGGAGACCGACAACCGGCGAAUCCGGCGGCAUCAGGGCCAAAGUUGCAGGGGAUGAGGCCGCUGUAUCGAGCAAAGUGGCCAAAGUGCUCGAUAUCCUGGUAGAAGCCGAGAAGGAUAGCAGGACAAGACCAGCGGCGAUACAGGCGGCGGGGUCGAUACGAGACAAGGAGGCACCGCGUUUGAUUGAUUCGGACCAGGGGACGAAGUCUGGUAAGACAAAAUCGACCGCUCUCAAUACCUUGGAGGACCCAAUUACCGCGGAUUUGAAGGAGAUGUUGAAGGAGAUGAAGCACUCGUUGCCGAAGCGGCCGAAGCCGAGGAAGACUGCGUCAAACGACGCCGAUCUUCUCGAAAAGGUUGAGAAGCGCUCGCCCGUACCUACGAACAAGACCUCCUACGUCGCCUCGGUCACGACGAGAACGGAAACGUCGUCAAACGAUUACGAGGCAGAUAAGCAAAAGGUGUCCUCGUCGGCGCAAACCAGUGGAAACGUUCGUAGAUUAAAUCAGCCUUCUACUUCCGCCGAGCGACCGUCUACUUCGGGCUGGAGGCAGGAAAAUGUACUUUACAGAACUUCUGGCAAGGGCUCGGCUCUCGUGAAGAAUACUUUCCAACUGAUACGACCGCGAGAUUUCGCCGAAAUAGAAGCUAUGAAGACUACGAAGGGAGUUUACGGGGAAAACACUUAUGCCAACGUGAUAGAGCCCUCGCUGUACGCCAAUGCUCAUGUUCCUCCGCCCUCCUCGCCUAAGCAACGAUCGGAACAGACGCGACCUAAUAUCUCACGGAAUAGCCGUGUAAAGGUAGCGGAGACCACUACAAUCGAGCGUAAAACCACGUCGGACAAGGACGAGUUUAUGGAAGAAGACGAUAAUCCACCAGCGAGGAACAUGAAUACCCUGGCUAUAAAUCGAUUAUUAAGAAAGCUGGAAGGGGCCAUCGCGUCAGGCCAUCAUCAACAAGCGGCGGGAUUAGCGAAGGAAUUGGCGAGGCUCAAGAUCCAUUGUUCCGUGAUACGACAGCGAUCGGCGGCGCAUUUGAAGGAUCAGUCGAUUAAAGUCAAUAUGUAUAUCGAAGACAAACUUGCUCACCAAGGACCCAUACCACUUCAGCUGCCGACGAGAAUGACGGUAGCCGAGCUGAAGACAAAGAUACACACGGAGUUUGAGAUACCCACAAACGUGCAGCGAUGGAUCAUCGGGAAAAACUUGGCUGAACAUGAUGAGGCCACUCUCGACGAGUUACACGCGGUAGAUGGCUCACCGGUGUUUCUGUAUCUCGUUGCGCCCGAAGUGCAUGUGGACAAUGCAGCGGAAGCGGAUAGGCCGCAGCCCGCGAAAAAUGAGACGAUACCUGAGAAAACGCCGGGAGAUCCGCCAGUGGAAGACUUACCGACGAUAAACGAGAGUCGAGAAAUCACGGAGAAAGAAGAAAUUAUAUUGUCGACGGAUGAGCAUCGGCAAGAAACAACGGAAACAGAUAUAUCGGAAAACGUCAAAAUGGAACGAUACGAGGAACUGAUAUUGCUGGAGAACUGGGACGUCAUCCCGAAUUCCGAGUCAAUUGAGUGCCCGAUAUGCUUCGUUACAUACGGCCCACGUGAGGGUGUAAUUCUGAGAGACUGUUUACACAUGUUCUGCAGGCCAUGCAUCGCUAACACGAUCGAGUACUGCGAAGAAGCAGAGGUGAAAUGUCCAUACGGGGAUGCCGAGUAUACAUGUGAGUCGACACUUCAAGAACGCGAAAUCAAGGCGCUCGUCGAACCAAAAGUUUAUCAGCAGCACCUCGCGAAGUCAAUCGCCCAAGCGGAGAAUAACGCCGGAAAUAAAGCCUUUCAUUGCAAAACACCAGAUUGCCCUGGUUGGUGUAUUUACGAUGAUGACGUAAACAAUUUCCUGUGUCCCGUGUGCGCAGCUAAUAAUUGUCUUACCUGUCAGGUCGUUCAUACUGGAAAAAACUGCAAGCAGUAUCAGCAAUGGUUACAACUUUCGAAAGAAACCGACCAGGAGUCUAGGAGAACAGCAGCGAUGCUCAAGGAGAUGGUUGACAGAGGUGAAGCACUUGCGUGUCCCACGUGUGCUGUCGUCCUUAUGAAAAAGUGGGGUUGCGACUGGCUGGUUUGCUCCAUGUGCAAAACGGAGAUAUGUUGGGUCACCAGAGGGCCUCGUUGGGGUCCAGGGGGUAAAGGAGAUACAUCCGGUGGCUGCAAAUGUGGAGAGAACGGAAUCAAAUGUCAUCCCAAUUGCAAUUACUGCCACUAAGGAAUUACAAUUACAAUUGCCGCGAUAAUGGACGAUAUUUGCGGUGACAACAAAGUGCCCAAGAAACGCUUUUCUAUUAUUAUAUGUGUGCUGCUAUAACGACUUGCAAAA